AUGAGUCCCGUUAUUGCGCUUCACGAGGACCUUCAGAAAAGACUUGAGGAAUACCGCAGUACGCGUGGAUUCAGCCCCGUCAAAUGGAUUGAGCACAAGUGUGCCGCACUGAACGAGUACAUGGCUUCCCAUGGGCUUAAGGUGUGUGUUACAAGUGUUUCUGGUGGAAUUGACUCUGCAGUGGUGCUGGCACUUUGUUCAAGAGCGAUGCGGAUGCCUAACAGUCCUAUUGUGAGGAAUGUUGGCAUAUGUCAGCCAAUCUGCAGCAGCGCGUGGGCCCUUGCGCGAGGGCGGGAGAACAUUCAGUCUUGUGGCGCACUGGAAGUCAUUGUCGACCAGACAGAGCUUCACAAACAGUUGUCAAGGAUUGUUGAGACGGCGGUGGGGAUAGACGGUCAGAACUUUGCCAGAGGACAGUUACGAAGUUACAUGCGCACUCCAGUGGCGUACUACGUGGCGCAGCUGUAUAGCCAAGAAGGGAAUGCGGCCAUUGUCAUGGGUACAGGGAAUAUGGACGAGGAUGGCUACUUGGCUUACUUUUGCAAAGCAGGCGACGGUGUUGUCGAUGUGCAGCUUAUCUCUGACCUACACAAGAGUGAGGUGUUUUUGGUGGCACAGGAGCUCGGUGUGCCGGCGAACACUUUACAGGCUUCUCCCUCCGCCGACCUGUGGGAGGGUCAGACGGACGAGGAAGAACUUGGAUUCCCAUACGAUUUUGUGGAGCUCUACACGGGGUGGUGCCUGCAGUUGAGUGAUGAAGAGCGACAGUCAUUUCUGCACUCGCUCUCUUCAGAUGCUCGUCAACAGUACGAGAAAUAUAAGGAUGCAUGUGAGAAUACACAUCGUCGCAACGCACAUAAACUCCGGGGCCCCAUCAACUUGUAA